UCUCUUUUUUUUUUUUUUCUUUUUCUUCCCCAGGGAGUGGAGCUACAGCAGUAGUCCAGGCAGCGCUAUGCAAACCCAGAGAAGAACGUGUAGCAAUAAAGCGAAUCAACUUAGAAAAAUGCCAAACCAGUAUGGAUGAAUUACUUAAAGAAAUUCAAGCGAUGAGUCAAUGCAGUCAUCCCAAUGUAGUAACCUAUUAUACAUCUUUUGUGGUGAAGGAUGAACUUUGGCUAGUUAUGAAGUUAUUGAGUGGAGGUUCGAUGCUGGAUAUAAUAAAGCAUAUUGUCAACAGAGGAGAACACAAGAAUGGUGUACUUGAAGAACCAAUAAUAGCAACAAUUCUUAAAGAAGUUUUGGAAGGUUUAGAUUAUCUACACAGGAAUGGUCAAAUUCACAGGGAUUUGAAAGCUGGUAAUAUCCUUUUGGGUGAAGAUGGCUCAGUACAAAUAGCAGAUUUUGGUGUUAGUGCUUUUUUAGCAACAGGAGGUGAUGUUACUCGUAACAAAGUAAGAAAAACGUUUGUUGGUACCCCAUGUUGGAUGGCACCUGAAGUCAUGGAGCAGGUGAGAGGUUAUGACUUCAAGGCUGAUAUGUGGAGUUUUGGAAUAACUGCCAUUGAAUUAGCAACAGGAGCUGCACCUUACCACAAAUAUCCUCCAAUGAAAGUGUUAAUGCUGACAUUGCAAAAUGACCCUCCCACUUUAGAGACAGGUGUAGAAGAUAAAGAAAUGAUGAAAAAGUAUGGCAAAUCCUUUAGAAAACUUAUUUCACUAUGCCUUCAAAAAGACCCUUCCAAGAGGCCCACAGCAGCAGAACUUUUAAAAUGCAAAUUCUUCCAGAAAGCCAAGAAUAGAGAAUACCUGAUUGAAAAGCUUCUUACUAGAACACCUAAUAUAGCACAAAGAGCAAAAAAGGCUGAGCAGAAUCCGGGGAAACCAAGCAUGAUGUCAGGUUCUGAAAAAGAGCAAGAUGGAAACAGAAGGGUUAGAAGAGUACCAGGCUCAAGUGGCCAUCUCCAUAAGACAGAAGAUGGGGACUGGGAGUGGAGCGAUGAUGAAAUGGAUGAAAAGAGUGAGGAAGGCAAAGCAGCUGUUUCUCAGGAAAAGUCCCGAAGAGUUAGAGAGGAGGAAAAUACAGAGAUUACCAUGAAUGCUAAUAAUAUCCCAGAACAGAUACAGAAUCUGUCUGUACAGGACCCUCAGUCCCAGCCUGACGUUAGUAAUGAAUAUAGUGAAGUUCCAUGUGCAGUGAAUCUUGUUUUAAGAUUAAGAAACUCUAGAAAGGAACUUAAUGACAUACGAUUUGAGUUUACUCCAGGCAGAGAUACGGCAGAUGGCGUUUCUCAGGAGCUGUUCUCUGCAGGCCUGGUUGAUGGCCACGAUGUAGUUAUAGUUGCUGCUAAUUUACAGAAGAUAGUAGAGGAUCCCAGGGCCUUGAAAACAUUGACCUUUAAGUUGGCCUCUGGCUGUGAUGGCACUGAGAUCCCUGAUGAAGUGAAACUGAUUGGGUUUGCUCAAUUAAGUGUCAGCUGAUGUCUAUCACUUGACCCCCAAGCAGAAUUGUGAGAUUGUGAAGAGGCUGGCUUAGAUGCGAAGGAAAAUUUAAAGCACCACACACUGAGUUCUGCUUCAUUCUCUAGCAAUUCACAAAAACAAAACAAGCAAAAGCCCACAGCUACAUCGCUGCUGCUAACAUUCAGAAUGCUACUAAAUGUCUCUUAGCAGUCAAUUUGGAUUUCCCUUAAAUGAAAAGCAUAUGGUAAUGCACUCAGGUGGCUGUAUUUAUUGGUUAUAAAAGGAAUUUUCUAUUAAACUUAUUUCUUUUCAUAAAAUUUCAGUGAUACUAUUUUAAUUGUACUUGUGAUUGACAAUACUGCCUCUCUUCUGUUGUAUUUAGAAAUUAACAUAAUGAUAAAAGUUAAGAUUUAUUAGCCAAACUUGAAAUCUAGUUUUAAAACUGACUGUGAAUUUUAUUUUCAUAUAUUUAUGCAUUACACAUCCUAGUUAUAAGAAAAUGAUUGAUUUGAUUACAUGCUAUUUGCAGUUAAUCUCCCGUUAUUUAAAAAAACCAAAAAAGGUAAGGUAUAUCUUUGAAGUACUUGUAACUACUAGUUUUGGAAAUGACUUAAUUAGGGAUUAGGAAGCCUUUUUUGGUUUUUGUGUGUCUUAAAAAAAAACCAAACAAUCCACAGUUUGAUUGUCAAGGGUAUGGGAGGUGCCUUGCAGAUACUAAUGUUUCAAGAAUGUGCCUCAGGCUGCUUAAAACUAGAAUAAUCUCAGUUCUAGAAGAACCAUAUAUAGUUAUCUGAGCAAAAGACUUUAGAUAAGUUUGGCCUAAAUUAUGCUUUGUUGGGGAGUCUACAAGCUAUAACUAUUAUACUAUUUGUCAUAAAGCUAGACUGCUUACUGUGCCCAUCUCUGAUUUGGCUUAUCUUUAUGUGAUAGAAGUUGUAAAAAGGUGAUGAAACUUGAAGAACAGAGUUUGAGCUUUACUUGAAAAUCUGCAAAAUACCAAGGCAGAGCGAAAAAAAUAACAGGGCUUUGUGCAAUGACUAAAGUAAAAUUCUGUUACACAACAAAGAAAACAUUUCUGACCCAAGUAGUCUUAUGCUUGACCUGUGACUUAGAUAUUAUGGAGCUAGUAAACUUUAGAAAGAGUCUCAAAUUUGGAGCAUAUUUCCUGGGACACACAUUCCUUGGAUAUUACAAUUUAAAUUACUUCCUAGCUAAACCUAGAUAAAUGGCAGCUCUUUAACAUACUGAAAAUGGCAAAUAUAUAUUAUUAAGGAAAAAGUUAUUUAUAAUGCCUUGUUAUAAUUGUUGAGGUGUUCUAGAGCCAUUUGCAAACAACUCAAUGUAAUUUCAUUCCAUUCUAUUGUUUACACAAUGAUUAUUCAAAGAUGACUGCAAAGGUAAAAUGAAAAAUAAAAAGUGUAUUGC